AUGCAGCUCCUGGCAUCCCUCAGCCUCUGCCUCUGCGCAGGGCUCGGCACCGCUGUCAUUCCAGCGGAGGAGGAGAAUCCAUCCUUCUGGUACAAGCAGGCAGCUGCAGCCAUUGAUGCCUCCUUCAAUAUCCAGCCCAGGAUACGCGAAGCCAAAAACCUCAUCAUUUUCCUUGGGGAUGGAUUCGGGGUCUCCACCAUCACAGCCACCCGCAUCCUUAAGGGGCAGCAGCAGGGGAAGCUCGGCCCUGAGACCCCUCUUGCUCUGGAUGCUUUCCCCUACAUGGCUCUGUCUAAGACCUACAAUGUGGACAGACAUGUCCCUGACAGCGCAGGGACAGGCACAGCCUAUCUCUGUGGGGUGAAGGGCAACUACAAGACCAUAGGGGUGAGCGCGGCCGCCCGCUACGGAGAGUGCAGCACCACAUUUGGCAACGAGGUGAUCUCAGUGAUGGAGCGAGCCCGCAAAGCUGGGAAGGCAGUGGGCAUCGUGACCACGACACGGGUGCAGCACGCAUCACCCUCGGGAACCUACGCACACGUGGUGAACCGGGACUGGUACGCAGACGCCAGCAUGCCCCAGGAGGCGCGACAGCAGGGCUGCACGGACAUCGCCUGGCAGCUGGUCCACAACGUCGACAUCAACGUGAUCCUGGGUGGUGGUCGGAAAUACAUGACCCCCGCGGGGACACCGGACCCUGAGUACCCCGCCGACAGCAGCCAGAAUGGGAUACGCGAGGAUGGCAACAACCUCAUCGACAUGUGGCUGCAGGCACGGCCGGGUGCCCGCUAUGUCUGGAACAGGACAGAGAUGCUGGCAGCUGCUGCCGACCCCAACGUGAAUUAUUUGAUGGGUCUCUUUGAACCUGUGGACACAAAGUACAACCUGGUGCGUAACACCACCCUGGACCCAUCACUCAGUGAGAUGACAGAGGCAGCCAUCACCGUCCUGAGCAGGAACCCAAAUGGCUUCUACCUCUUUGUGGAAGGUGGGAGAAUCGACCGUGGCCACCACGAAGGUUCACCCCACAAGGCACUGACGGAGGCAGUGGAGUUUGACUGGGCCAUCGAGCGGGCAGGCACCAUGACAGAUGAGGCUGACACCCUCACCAUCGUCACUGCUGACCACUCACAUGUCUUCACCUUUGGGGGCUACACCCUGCGUGGCUCCUCCAUCUUCGGUCUGGCGCCGACGGAAGCCAGUGACGGGAAGAACUACACAUCGAUCCUCUACGGGAAUGGGCCAGGAUACCCUGGCCCUGACCGGCCUAACGUGGACCCAGAAACAGCCAUGCACUUUGAUUACCAGCCACAGGCAGCUGUGCCACUGGAGUCAGAGACCCACGGUGGUGAGGACGUGGCCAUCCUGGCCAAGGGCCCCAUGGCCCACCUCUUCCACGGGGUGCAGGAGCAGACCUAUGUAGCCCAUGCCAUGGCCUACGCCGCCUGCAUCGAGCCCUACACUGACUGCCGCCAGCGGAACUCCGGCCCCGGCAUCCGCGGCAGCCCCCUGGCCCUGCUCCUGCCUGCCCUCCUUCUGCCCCUCUUCCGCUGA